GGGUGGAGAAGUAGGCUGUGCUAGUGUUUAUUGUUAAGGUUGUGUGGAUUAGCACUGCGUUUUGUGUAGAGCUGGACUGACAUCUGCUGCUUCCGGUGGUGGGACAGAAUUCCAAAACUAGACCAGCAGCAGCAACAACAACAACAAAGGAUGGACUGGAUGAAGUGUAAGACUAUGCUCCAAAACUGAUCUGCAUCCAAGGAGUACCCUGACCUGUCAUGGCGAACUCGGUGGCCACUCUGGUGGUUCAGGCAGAACUCUUGGCUGCACAGUCCUCCGCCUCCCUCUCUCCUUUCCCAUCCCUCCUCGGCUCAGGCGAGGAUGACAGGGAGAGAGGGGACCUGGUGGAGGGCAACAAGGCUGUGCUGGACAACGUAGAGGUUGUUCUGGACAUGGAGGCGUCGUCUGAGUCGGCCCAGCAGGCAGAGCAGUCCGAGCAUCCCUUCCAGUGUCUGGACUGCGGCAAGAGCUUCAGGUGGUCGUCCCGGCUCACACACCACCAAAGGAGCCACAACAAUGAGAGACCCUACCGCUGCAACCUUUGUCCCAAGGCCUUUAAGGGCUCCUCUGCAUUACUCUAUCAUCAAAGGUCUCACUCAGGAGAGAAGCCUUACAAAUGUCAGGAUUGUGGCAAAGCCUUCAAGCGCUCCUCUCUUCUCCAGGUGCAUCAGAGUGUCCACACAGGAAUAAGAACAUUCUUGUGCCCAUAUUGCCCCCUGACUUUUAAAUGGAGUUCCCAUUACCAGUAUCACCUGCGCCAGCACACUGGCGAGUGCCCGUACCCGUGUGACACUUGCCCCAAGGCCUUCAAGAACUCUAGUAGUCUACGGCGACAUAAGAACGUCCAUCUGGGUCUCAAACCUUACACCUGCACUGUGUGCAACAAAUCCUUUACUCAGUCCACCAACUUGAGGCAGCACAUGAGGAUACACACCGGCGAGAGGCCCUACGUGUGCGGCGAGUGCGGACGAAGCUUCACGCACUCGUCCAACCUGGCGCUUCACAAGAACUCUCACGCCAACCCGGGCGCAGGUGGGAAGGAGGGCAAGAACGCAGAGGAUGCAGGGCGGGGGCGCGACCUGGUGGAGGUGGUGGUGGUGGGCUCGGAGGAAGAAGCCACAUCCAUGUUGACAGCCAUGGUGGGGUAUGUAAGCCAGGAAGGGAGUGAUGGAGUGGCGAUGGAAGAAGUCUUCCUGUCCACCUCGUCAUCCACCCAGAAACCAAACCUGCUCCCCCAGCUCAGCCUCACCCCCUCGGGGGAGAGCAAAGGUGCAUCCCGAGCCAUCGGGACGGAGGUCCACCUGAGCACGGACACCGGUGCCAGUCUGUUGCUCUACAGCUGCGGCAGCUGCAACCACACUUUUGCUACGCGAACUGAACUUGAGGAGCACCAGUCCAUUCACAUGGCUCCAGAGGUACACUGCUCCGCCGGGGAAGUGGGACCAGGGGCGGCAGAGGUCGAGGUAGGGGAUAGCUUGGUGGGAGCCAGCCACCUGCUUGCUGGCUUUGAAGAGGUGGUAGAGACGACCGCAGCAGCUGAAAGUGGGCAUACGGCCGAGGUGCUCCUUGGACUUACGGACCCAGCUGACGGAAACAAUUCAAGUGUGGGCGCCACCCAGUCCCAGUUUGACCUUCUACAGAGCUUCAGUAAGGUGAUUCAGAGCUCCAAGAGUGUUCAGCCAGAAGCUCCAACCACAUGGGUGGGGCUGUCAUGUGGCUACUGCAAUAAGUCCUUCAAGACCAGUGGAGGCCUCAAUAGACACGUGUCACUGAUGCACACCCUCUCGUCCCAGUCCCGUUCCCAGUUCAGCUGCUCCGCCUGCGACCGCUCCUUCCCCCUCCUGUCCUCGCUACUCACCCACCAACACUCCCACACUCCCGAGCAACGUCUCCUGGCCGAGGCCGAAGCCGAAAUAGUGUGCCCCCCUUCCCUCUCCUUGUCCCUCCCGCUUCCCUCCUCUCCUGACAAGCAGCAGGAUGGCAAGAGGGAGAUUCAUGCCAGCGUUAUAGCCGUGUGCGAGGAGCAGGAGGAACUGCCUGUAAAACCGGCUAAAAACUCCAAAAAGGGUGGCGGGAGCAAAAACAUCACUGCUGGAGAGCGGCCAUAUCGCUGUUCAGAGUGCGGAAAAGCCUUCAAAGGUUCAUCGGGCCUCAAGUACCACAUGAGGGAUCACACUGGAGAGAGACCCUACCGCUGCACAGAGUGUGGAAAGAGUUUCAAGAGGUCCUCGCUGCUCUCCAUUCACCAGCGGGUGCACACAGGUGUGCGGGCAUUCCAGUGCCCUCACUGUGCUCUCACGUUCAAGUGGAGUUCACAUUACCAGUACCACCUGCGGCAGCACACAGGCGAGAGGCCAUACGUGUGUAAAGAGUGUGGCAAGUCCUUCAAGAACACCAGCUGCUUGCGUAGACACAGUCAGAUGCAUUCUGGACUGCGGCCUCACGUCUGCACCAUCUGUUCCAAAUCGUUCUCGCAGACAUCAAAUCUCAAACAGCAUGAACGCACCCACUCUGGCGAAAGACCCUUCCGGUGCUCACACUGCAACAAGUGCUUCACACACUCCUCCAACCUCCAGCUCCACCUUCGCACACAUUCCCCGCAGAAGGACUUCAAAUGCCCGUACUGCUCUAAAGAGUUCGUCAUGCACUCAUACUUGCAGAGGCACAUCCGGACGCACAGCAGUGCCCUCCCACUGCCCUCCCCCGAGGGCGCAGGUCAGGAUGGCGUGUCCGUUAAAGCCAGCGUCGGAGGGGUUACGACCACCACCAUGCUUUUCAACCCCAUCACCCUGGAAUCGUCAGGAAGAAACGGAAGUCUGAUCGUGUCCCAGCCGGCUCUCAACAUCCCUGUCAACACCUCUCAGAACUAUUUCAUGAUUCAGACGGCCAGCGGCUUGCAGCUCAUCCCCCUGUCAGCUCCCACACCACCACCAGCCCCUCCACCACUGCCACCACCUCAAUCUCAACCCCAGAACUUCUACCUGCUACAGUGCCCUUUGACCAAUGGCUCUCAGUCAAGUUUGAUUCUGGUCCCCACAGCCAGCCAACCUCCAGCAGCCCUGGAGCCUGCAAGCAUCCCCAUGUUUCAAACUCUGCAAGCAUUCAACAGCCGAACACACUCUCAGGUUACCCAGUUUCAGGCUAUGUCCCCACAACACCAGCAGACCCGCAUUAUAAUACCCAACAAUAAUACCAAUACAAACACCUCAGUCACCUCCAUCCCAGCUGAUUCUUUACUCCGUAGGCCCAUUUUAGGGAAGAGCAACCGGACAGCAAGGGGCAGACGGGGACGCAAACCAAAAACAGCUCUCCCGAAAUCUGCUGAGACAGCGAGCAUGGAUGUGACUAACUGUAACACAGCCAGUGUGACACAGACUGAUGGUACCACCACCAACUCGGGCUCAUCACUGUCUUGUGUCUCCAUCAUGUCUAACUGCACACUUCCACCGUCUGACGCUCCUUUCCAAAGUCUCUCCUCUUCCAAUGCUGUAGCAUCCACUCCGGUCAAUUUAGAAUCCACACCAGCCAGUGUUUCUACAACUCCCAACAAUAACACCCAGAUGGAAUUGACCGAUAUGAAUUCGGCAGGGACCUUGCCCGAGAAACAGUUUGUUUUGUGUUUCAACAAUGAAGGACACGCAAAGGAGGGGAUGAAUGUUGAUGAGGGAGGGGAGUCAUACGUGUUGCAGUUUGAAGAAAGGGAUGCCUCCUCUGAAGAGGCAGCGGGUGGAGGAUUGGGUGGGCAGGGGAAGUCGCUUGUGCUGCAAUUUGAGGCAAAUGCAUCAAGAUGGUGAGAACAAGGGGGGAGGUAAAGGUGGAAUGAUGUCACUUCUACAGGAGUGGGGUGGGGAGAA